AUGAAAGCACAAGGUUCAAAUCCUAUCAUGGGAAACUUACCUGUCAUGAGAGUUACUCUAAGUUUCCCAUUUCACGUUAGUGGUGUCUACUUCGCCGGGCCAUUUUACAUUACUGAUCGUAAGGGACGCGGCUGUAAAUUUUCAAGGUGCUACUUAUGCUUAUUCGUAUGUUUCUCAACUAAAGCCUUGCACCUUGAGUUAGCAAGCGAACUCUCCACUGAUGUGUUCAUGUUGUGUCUGAGACGUUUUGUAUCUCGUAGAGGAAAGCCAUUGGAAUUGUAUUGCGACAAUGGCACUAAUUUUGUCGGCGCAAACAACGAGAUUAGAACGUUUUUAAAAUCAAAUAACGAAAGUAUUUCUGGUUUCGCAGCCGAUGAAGGCAUUAAAUUUAAAUUUUCACCGGCAUAUUCUCCACAUUUUGGGGGACUCUGGGAAGUAGGUGUCAAAUACGAUAUAACUCGUAUAUUAGGUGACAAACAUUUAACUUUCGAAGAGUUGUCUACCCUCUUCACACAAAUUGAAGCCAUCCUAAAUUCCAGACCUUUAACUCCCAUUUCCUCUGAUCCAAAUUAUCUAUAUCCUUUGACUCCCGCACACUUUCUGAUUGGCCGACCUCUGACAUCAUUACCGUCAGAUAAUUUACUGGAUGUAAAGCCGAACAGACUUAACCGCUACCAGAGCUUGGAGAAGAUGCGGCAGAACUUCUGGGACCGUUGGAGGAAUGAAUAUUACAGCGAAUUACAGCAGACACAUAAAUGGCGAAUUAACCAACGAGGAUUAAAAGAAGGAGAUUUGUUCGUCAUCAAAGAGACCAAUGCACCUCCUUUAAAAUGGCGCAUGGCCCGGGUUCACAAAUUAUACCCGGAUUCUGACGGAGUGUCGAGAGUAGUGGACGUCGUCACUUCAAAGGGCAUCAUUCGUCGGGCUGUUCAUAAUCUCUGCCUACUGCCUGAACCUGAGUUUACACGAAAUCCUGAGGACUUCGAGCGAGGGGAGGAUGUUCGAGCCAAAAUAAAACCUCCUUGCUGUGUACAAAAUUAA